AUGUCCUCCCAGAAGAUCAUCUACGGAUCGCCGUUGGCCCGUCGACUUGAUCCGACUGAGCAGUUGGUGAACAACUACUGGGUAUAUCUCAACGAUCGUAUCGGUGUCAUCCGAUCGUCUGCUAUAAAACCAGGAGUCCGAGAAGAAGCUGGGACGAUGAGUGCCAUCGCGAAACUGUGGAUAGAAGCUGAGCACGAUCCAGUCGUAAUCCGUCGUUUCGUCGCCUCCCGUCGUGGUCUCCUCGUCUCCUACCCGGCCGUCGUCCUCGACGAGUCCCAUGACCCAAGAACCCAACUCUGGUUCCAAAAAGCCCUAGAGAACCCAAAACGACUGGCAAUCACCGGCCCAAUAGCCGAUCCACUACUCGGGGAUACUGUGGUCCUAUCGACAGUACUAUCGUAUGGGCACCAGGACAUGUUCGUCGUCGGGGUCGAGGUGACGCUCAACUUUCUGGAGCACGUCGUGCAAAGGACGGUUUCGGCUUGUAGCGAGGGUCGUCGCUGUCUUCUUCUCACCUCUAUCGGAAAUGUUGUAGCGCUACCUACAGAGUUGCUACACACUCUAUCGGUUGACGCUGUUGAACGAUACAGUACCAUACCCUCCAAAUUACGCCAAGGCCCCGCACUACUUGGAGGAGUGCCAGCCAAGCAGUUGCCCCCAAUUCCACUCGCCAUCAAGCUGCAACCUGCGCCCGGGAUGUACCUGAAAUCGGUCCAACCGCCUCCG